CUUUGUCCUCAACGCCCAUCGCUCUGUCCAUCCUCCAUUCGUUUUCCAGCCGUUUGAUUUAUACAAAGGGAUCCAGACACGUCAUGUUUGACUCGGGGCGUCGCUCAACGAUGCAGCCCGCAGUCGACCCUCAUAACAAUGCCCGCUCGCACUUGCCUGUCCCUCCACUGGGUCCUUAUCCUCCUAUGGGACAAGUACCGGGCACCAAUCCAAGGCAAUCGAUGAUGCGCUCGCAGAAUGUCAAUCCGUUGCUGCAGAGCGCGACGAAGCCCAACUUCGGCCGUACACCCUUGCACAGUAGUACCCGAAGAGGAUCUAUGUGGGCUGGAGGAUCUCAAGGCUCAGCACCUUCCGGCAGUCAGGGCACCAAGGACACUCGACCCCUACGAGAUAGGCAGUUCCAAGCGAAGAUGCGACAGGAUGUCGUCACUUGGCUAUUGGACAACGGCAUGAAUUACUCCCCGCAGGUGUUGCAGCAAAUCACGAGCAAAGACUUUCGCACCGUAUACCAGGAUUUGGUGAGGCUGCUUGACCCAGAAUGGCCAUUUACGGAGCAGAAAUUCGAGGAGCAGUUCGUCCAAUCGUUGCGAGCUCUACGAUACCCAUACCUAGGUCAGCUAGAUAUCAGGACCCUGACGACUCCUGGAGCGAUGCAUACGUGGCCGCUCUUGUUGGGAGUGCUGCAUUGGUUAGCUGAGAUGGGAAGGGCGAGGACACGUUAUCUUGAAAGCAAAGACGUCACCCUGCAAGACUCGGAACUCGUACCUGACGAGUUCGAGGAUAUCAAUCACCACCAAGCUCUCGCGUUGGACCAUUGUACGCUCGCGUAUGGAAUGUUUCUAGAGGGCAAGGAUGCAUUUCCAGAAGAAGAGAAGAUUCUUGAGGCACGAUACGCGAGAAAGGACGAGAAGGUUGUGGCUCUACUUGAAAUGCAAAGGGAGGAACUGCACCGCGCUCAACUCGAACUGGAAGCCUUGGGGAAAGCGCCAGCACCAAUCGAGGACCUCAAGAAAGACCACGGGUUCAUAACGCGGGAUAAAGCAAAGUUCGAAGAAAUUCUCCGGCGCUGUGAAUCCAAGAAGAAGAAACUCAUCGACAGUCUGGCGCGAGAAAAAGCUGAUAUAGCAUAUCGGGUGUCCACCUUGGAAGAAUUGCAGGCGGAGGAAGCAAGGUUGGCGGCAGUUGUGAGGGAACAGAACCUCUCCCCUGAAGAGGUGAUCCGCAUGAACACCGAACAUGAGACUCUUACUCGUGAUCUCGAAACACUCAAGCACAAGAUCGCGGAAACGAACCAAGUCCUGGUGAAGCUCGAAGUCUCGCUCACGAGGAAAGUUUCAGAUGCGGAGGAGGCGCUGGAUAUGUACGCGAACCUCUUGGCAAACCUCGGACUAUUCCCGCCCCUGCCACCGCCCCUCGAGGGUGUCGAUCUGACGCUGGACCUCAAUUCAGCGGCGGCUAACCCGCAGAACCUGCUCUCGGGUGCAGACAUCCGGAGGGUCAUCAAGCCAACUCUCAGCCGCGUCGCCGAGAUGAAGCGCACUGAGCGUGCGGACGUCGAGAGCGAGCGGAUCAAAGUGGAUAAUGAGCUCGACCAGCUGACCCUCGAAUGCGAAAAUAUGGACGAGGAGGUGCUGGAGACCAGUAACAAGGUCAACGCUCUAAAUGACCAGGCCGAUGAAUUACGAGAGGCUGCUCAACAAGAAGCCCUAGUCAGCAACGCUGAAGCGACUCGGCUGGAACGAGAUCUUGCGCAGGCUAGGACAGCCGCGCUCGCUAAUGGCGUCGGUGUCAAGUCCCGUCUCCAAGCUCUACAGAUUGCCCACCGAGAACAAAUUGACAAAGUCAAUCGUCUCAAGGACGAAACAAUGCGCGCAAUCAUCAAGAACAGUAGCGAUAUCGUCAUGUUCAAGGAGGAAGUGUCCAAACAGCUCAAGCACCUCAGAGAUUUCGCCGAGGCCAACUAAGCAUCUACCGCAUCUGACGCGGUGCUAUAGUCUUGCGCCAUCGACCUCCCAGCAGUGUAUUAUUGCCUUAGUCAGUGCACUUUCCGUAUGCGGUACAUUUAUACUAUCUAUUUGACUCGACGCAGGAUUCGGUAGCAUCGUACGCUCGACAUCUCCGGAAGGGUGGAAUCGAUGAGAGUAUACGCCCCACGAUGCCGAGAAUCUGUCCGAGGAUAUUGCAGCUGAUUCGCCAACCGAGGACUCUCCGUGACUCGAACUGUCAUGAACGAUUCUGCCUACGGUUGCGAUGAGGGCGUGCGCCCAGUGGUUUCCCAAGGAGGGUGUCUGGCCGCAUAUGGCUUUCACACGCGUUGCUACGGUGCACCCUUUCAUGUACGUAUGCUUCUCAGCGACUACCACUUGA